AUGCCUAUUAGUAAUGGUAAACUGUGGGAAGAAUGUAGUUAUGAGUCGGGUAAAUUUUUAAUCACAGUCACUAACGAAAGCGAUGCAAAAAGUCGAUUGACUGAAUACAACGAACGGAAAUGGUACUGCCGGCACUUACCAAAUGAGGGACGAGAAUAUACAUUUAAAGAUGCAUUAACUGAGGAAAGACAGAAAUUGGAACUGAUCUGUAAACAAUAUUCACAUUCUUUAUUAACAGGCAUAUGCGAAGCCAUACAUCAUGCUUACGGCGAAAAACAGUAUCUUGUUAAGAAAAUAUGGAAACAUGUGAAUGGACACUACUAUGAAGGCGAAACUGUUAUUUACACAGAUAAAAAUAGAAAUACUAGGAAUUAUUAUAGAGGAGAUCGAGAGGGAACAAUAACUUCCGUGAUGAACAGUGAUAAGUGUGAAAUGCAAAACAAGGAAAAUGAAGUCAUUUAUUCCAUUGCGCUUGAAAAUGGUGAAGUAGUACAGAAAUUGAAUUCUCGAGAAAUUAGGCGAUCAUCACCGAUCACUGAAGAUGAAAUAAAUGUUUUCCUCUCUCUUGUCGCCCAUAAGAAAGAGAACAGCUUACCGUGGACUCUUGAUAAGUCAAUUCGAAAUAAAUUGGAGAUUGCAAACAAAUUGCAUCAUUUCUUUCUGAGGGAGGAAGCCAAGACUUGGCCUGCUUAUGCAUUACCUGAUUGGUUUGGUUUGCAAACCGAAUAUGAUUUGAUGGAGAAAUCACACACGAUGCAUUCAUUUAUUGUGGUGUCAGAUUGUUUGAGUUCGAAACAAAAACUCGAGUUAAACAACUCUGUGAAAAGAACAGAAAAUUUUGAUGCUGUAUCAAGAAAAGAUAUGGAACAAAUAUCUGAAAAUAUCGCAACUCAUAAUUUUUGUAAGUCAGUUAUUUUGAAAGAAACUCUGAAGACUCUAGAAAGUUAUCUUUUGCCAUCGUCCUCGGUUACUCACAGUGUUGGUGCGUCACCGCAAACGUAUAGUUACAGAAAAUUGAGAAUGUGCUUAAAUCUUCUGAUGAAAGCAUUGGUCGCUUGUGACAAUGAAUCAUUUCAUCGUGCUUGUUUAACUGUUCUAUCCAUUCCUGUAUCCGUGAUACAGAAAGUUGAAAAUGAAGUUAUACGCUACGCGUUGCUGAAGCAGUUUUAUGUGAGAGGAUUUUUUCGUGGAGUUGAAAGAUGUAUCAUGCGCUUUCCGGAUCGAAGAUUGGAAAGAAAGUUGCGCCAACUGCUGAAUAGGAAAUUAGAUGACUUAGAAAUUCCAACAACGAAAUUUUUACCCGAGUUGGAUAUUGUUAGAAGCAAUUCUAAUUUCGCAUCUUCUUUGGCUAUCUCGCAGUUCAUGCAUAUUUUUCGCUUUUUCAUGCACUGCGAUUACUCAUUUUCAGCAGAUGUUUUACUUAAAGCUACCGAAAAUGGCAAAAAUGGUUUUUUUACAGUUACUAGCAAAUAUAUGAUUGCACUUUUGAAAGUCAUCUUACGGGAUGAGCAAAAUACGAACUAUCAUGCGUAUGGUACGGAUCUGCAUAAAGUACCUGUUACGUUAGGAACGGUGAGUGAAUUAACCCGUUUAGUAAUUAUGGAAAGUGGAUUAUUGAAACAUGGUGGAUUUCCGGAUGGUAACAAUUUAGGAAAAGAUAAGCAUUGUAUGAUAGAAGCUUCAGAAUCUUUGAAUUUACGUGGUUCGUAUAAUCAUGAGUCUAUGUUGGUCGCUAAUGAUCUCAGUUAUCAAUCAUUUCAUGAGUUAGCAUCUCAUGUGCAGAUUUCUAUUUUGGAAUACCUAGUACAGAAAGUGAUGGAUAGCAUCUCUUUCAGUAGAUAUUUGAGCCGAACUCUAGACUCAGAUAUUUCAUCUCUUAAACAAGCAAAAACAGCAGCACAAUCGAAAAUAAAGAAGCUGAAAAUUGCUCUUGAAGAUUGUUCAUCAGCUCUGCCCAAUUCAGUCAUUAAGCUGGAAAACGAAGAAAGUGGAUUUAUAGAAGGUGUGACUGAACAAAAGCGUAAAUUGGAGUCAGAAUUAGAAGCUGCAACUGCGCAAUCAAAACUUAUUGCUACCAAAUUAUUAAAUAUGAUGGAUAUUCGUAAUGUUUGUUUAUCAAUACAGCCACUUGGUUAUGAUCGAUUCCAUCGUCGAUAUUAUUUUUUUUCAAAUUCGCCGAACAAGGGAAUUUUUAUUGAAAGAGGAUGGUGGAAUUGUAUUUCAUUUGGAAAUAAAGAUGAUUUUGACGAAUCGAAUGCCAUAAAUAUAGACGCUAACAAAAUUUUACCUAGAAAUGAGAAAUCUUUGGAUUCUUUCAGAACAUUAACUUCCACAGAUGAAUUUACAAAUCACGAAAUAUCAUCACCAGCAGGAUUCGAAUCCAAUGAUUGGUACGUCAUUAAAGAUGAAAGUACGCUCCAGCUUCUUUGUUCAAAUUUAUUAACAAAUGGGCAUCGCGAAUCAGCUUUGUUCAGUUCUAUUAAAAAAAAAUGGGACGACAUAAUUGCAUCUCUGAGAAUGGUGAACGAAGACUCGAGUUUGAAAAUGGAGACUGAUGUAACUGAAAUAAAUCUUUUAAAAAGAACUUUGGUUCAGCUGGAAAGUGCCUUGCGAAAGGAAAAAUUCAUCAGUGGAACAACAAACGUUUUUGAUGAUAAAAAUAAUUCUCUCAGCACAUUUGAAUCUUUAAAAUCUGUGGUGUUGAAUUUUCUCACUCUGAUUGCUCCAAACGCAUUUGUGAAAUUACGACAGACUCGUUCAGCAUCUGCGUACAAAGUCUGGAAUAAACAUUUAUCAGAAGUUCGCACUCUUUCACAGUUUCAUCUUCUAAUUAAGAUCCUGGAAAUGAAUAUUGCUUGGACAACGCCAUUAAUAAAAUUAUGUAGCCUUUGUAAAAAGGAAAUCGAAGAAGAGUCAUUGUUUUGUAUUACAUGUGACGAUGUUGCCCAUCGUUUGUGUUUAAGUACAUUUGAUGGCGAUAUUCGGGAAAACGAUUAUAAUUACCAGUGUUUUAUGUGCUCAAAAAAGGACAUGUUUUCCAAGUUGGAGCAUGACAGCCGAAUUUUCAAUCGUCUGUUAAGUCUGUCGCCUGUGUUGAAACCUGGUACAUUUCAAGAACUUUCUUUAGAAUGGAUCAAAAAAAAUUUACAUAUGGUAUCAUUUUCUACAUUUUACAAUGUGUUCUUUUGUUUUUGA